CUUAAAACCAAUGGAUUUUCUUCUGUAACCGAUGCAAUAAACAAGGACGUUAAGAGUAAAUAGAUUUUUUAAUAAUACGUUUAUACGCACAUAUUUUGAUAAAAAAAUAUUUAAAACAAUUAAAAAGAAAAACACUCAGAAUCAAAAUAACAAAUUUACAACAUCCAAAUUCUGUACAUCCAAACUAUUCUUUUUAAGAUCUUUUGUAUUAAUACUCUAUGCACCAAUAAUCGUGGUGGCUUACAUUGGCAAUGUUUUUUUAUAAUUAUUCUUGGGAUCUUAAUAUGGAUUGUUUUUUCUGCAGUGCCUGUGGUAGAAAUGAGUAUGGAAGUAAGAGAAAGAAUGUGAAGAUAUUAUAUAGCAUGUGAAGAUAGCAUUGAGAAAAUACAAUUUAAACAAAACUGCUAAUUAUCAUCACAAUCUAUUUGUUGUGUAUAUCACAGUCUAUUUGUUUAUUUGCUAAUUAAAAGUGUCAUAUACAAAAUAUAGAAUAUACCUGAACAAUUUGUUGACAUUGACAAUUACUGCUCGCAAUUUUUAGAAAAUUAAUGCACUAAAUUCAAAACUAGUCAUAAGUUUUUAAUAAAAACAAUAUAUUCGUAUCUGUAUAAAAAAUAUAUUGCAGCACGAUCAACAACGGACAAUAUAUAUAUUGGAAGUAAAAUAAAAAGUACUCCCUCCUUUUUCCAAUUCGAUCUUUGCCCCACUCCUCCAUAUAAAGAGACUGUUUAAUAUUUAAAGUAACUGUCUUUCAAAAAAUAACAAGGUAUUUCUGUAAAUGCUAAAUUGUGCAACGUCAAUAAAAUAUGAAACGUGAAAGCAAAUGUCGCAGAGGAUCAAUUCAUAUUAUGGACGAAGACCAAUUGAGUAUCGUGCAAGCGUGGACAAUUGCAUAAUGUUAUGGAACGACGAUAUCACAUAUGCCAUGACUCCCUUCAAACUCUUGACUCUGCCAUUAGGCGUUUGGCCUUUGCAAAAAUAUAACACAUUUUCUUUAUUCCGAUCUAUUGCGAGCGGUAUAAGUAUGACCGUCAUGACGAUCAUAUUGUUCCUCGAAAUCAAUUUUGGUAGCGGCGAUGCUUAUGUGAAACUCGAUGCUCUUAUGCUUAUGUCCUGCACUGUUCUUUGUGCACUAAAGGUAUUGUCAUUCCGCUUAUAUGCCGACAAUAUGAUUCGCAAUUUCUCUUCUGCCGUGAAAGAUUACCUCGCGAUCGACAACGAGAGGACGCGCACCAUCAUGCGACGGCACGCAUUCAUGGGAAGAAUGAUUUGCUACAGUAUUAUAUUCAGUACUUAUGCCGCGUCAGUAAUUUUUUUUCUGCUACCUAUAAUAGCAGAUGACGGUGAGGAUAUCCAAAUUAAUGUAACAAUCAAGAAUCAAGGCGCGGAAUUACCUGUGCCCAUAACAUUUCUAGGGGACCUCCACAUUCCUACGAUUUUGUACUUCACGAUCAAUACGAUGCAAUUAUUCAUGUUGAUAUUUAUUGGUACUGGCAAUUGUGGCAGUGAUUCACUUUUUCUUGGUAUCACUGUCCAUCUAUGCGGUCAAAUGGAACUUCUAAAAGUUGAGUUUUUUAAAUAUGGCAUGAAAAGCGGAAACUUAAAUAAGGAUUUUUCAGUAUUGGCAUCAAGACACUCUUAUCUAAUAGAGCAUGCAAAAUUUCUAACAGAAGUAAUAAGUUCCGUUUUGCUUGUGCAAGUUUUUAGCAGUUGUCUUAUUAUUAGUUUAAUAGGUUUCCAACUUAUCAUAGCAUUGAAAGCGCAUGACGCAGUAAUGAUUAUUAAAUCCGUAACAGUGUUGAGCAGUUUGUUAUUACAAUUAUUCUUAUACAGUUUUGUGGGCGAUUAUCUGAAGUGUCAAAUGGAAGAAAUCGCGGAUUCGAUUUACGGCUGCAAAUGGCAUUCAUUACAAACAAAAUUGAUGAGGAAUGUUGUGUUCGUCACCAUGCGGUCGCAACGACCAGUUCAGUUGUUUGCUGGCAAAUUUCUUGUUGUAAAUCUCAAAACAUAUAUGACAAUAUUAAAAAGUUCGCUCUCGUAUUUGUCUGUCCUACGAGUGAUGAUGGAUGCGUAGAGCGCAGGUUUUUUUAGUACUGCAGUCUAGAUGCGGAAGGCUUAUGUACAUUAUCUACAUAUUGAACAAAUAUAUAAUUUUAUAAAUAUAUGAAUAAAGGUUUAGAACAAACUAAAUUUGGAUCUAAUGUUUAAAAUUAUAAUUUAUCUAACUUAAGAAAAAAAAACAAAAUAAUGAGACAUUUCAACUUAACUGAGUCAUCCACAGUUGCAAGUAUAAAAUGUCUAUUAUAAUUUAAAAUAUUGUCAUGAUAAUUUAUCGGAGUGUGUGUAAAAAGUCAAAAAUUGAUAAAAACAUAUAAAUUAUAAA